CCUCUCCCGGUCCCAUCGCGCCCCGCGCCCCGUAAUGCCGCCGUAGGGGCUGGCACCUCCCGCGCCACCGGCACCGGCACCGGCGGGCGUUCCGGGGCCAUGUCGGGUCACGACGGCGGCAUGUCGGGUCGCGACAGCGUGCAGAUCCCCGACGACCGGGACUUCGGGGCGUUCCGGGCGCAGUGCGAGUCGGAGCGCGGCUGGAGCCUCACCUACAGCAAGGGCGGGGUGGGAGUCUGGGUGCAGCUGCUGGAGCCCGAGCGCGCCCUCCACAAGAUCAAGUGCAGGAUGGAGUGCAGGGACGUGCCGGCAGAGACGCUCUACGACGUGCUCCAUGACAUCGAGUACCGCAAGAAGUGGGACACCAAUGUCAUCGAGACCUUUGACAUCGGGAGGCUGACGGCCAACUCCGAUGUGGGCUACUACGCCUGGAGGUGUCCCAAGCCCCUGAAGAACCGGGACGUGGUCACACUCCGCUCCUGGCUGCCCAUGGGCUCUGACUACAUCAUCAUGAACUACUCUGUCAAGCAUCCUAAAUACCCACCCCGCAAGGACAUGGUACGGGCAGUCUCCAUCCAGACAGGCUACUUGAUCGAGGGGACGGGCACCAAGAGCUGCACCAUCACCUACCUGGCACAGGUAGACCCCAAAGGUUCUUUACCAAAGUGGGUGGUGAACAAAUCUUCCCAGUUCCUGGCUCCCAAGGCGAUGAAGAAAAUGUACAAGGCAUGCCUCAAGUACCCUGAGUGGAAGCAGAAGCAUGACCCUCACUUCAAGCCCUGGCUAUACCCGGAGCAGAGCCGACUCCCAGCCUUGGCACUCUCCGAGCUCUCUCUCCAGCAUGCAGAUUCCCUGGAAAACAUUGAUGAGAGCUCCCUGGCCGAGAGCAAGGAGGACCGUGGCGAGGGCAGUGACGAGGACAGCCUGACCUGAUUCCCCUGGGAGCUCCUCUGCUUGUUCCCCUGGCUAGGACAGCCUGACAUGUGCCCCACUGGGGGCUCCUCUCCCCAUUCCCCCACCCACUUCCAACAUGGUUUGUGUCUCUA